AUGGAGCGAAAGAAUGAUGACACUGCAGAAGAGCGCCUGCGUCGUAUGGAGCAGAUGGCACGGGAGCGUAAAGAUGCUGAUGCGGUAAAUCUCCAAAGAGAACGUGAACAGCGUGAACGUGACCAGCAAGAACGUGAGCGUGUGCAGCGUGCAGAACGUGAGCGGGAAAGACAGCAAUGGCGUGCGGAAGACAAGGAGAAGCGCGAUAAGUGGCGUCGUGAAGUGGAAGAACGUAGUGAAAAGUUGCGACAGAUUCAAGCUUAUGGGGAUCAGCUUGAAAUAGAGAUCGCAGAAGAACGUCUCCGUGGUGCGCGCAAGGAAGUAGAUCGUUUGACAGAGUCUAUUUCGUGGAGUGAAGAUGAGGAAGCACGGGAUCGUGAAAAUUAUCGCAGAGAGUUAGAAUCCCAGCGUCGACAGCAACGUAUGAGUGGUCAGCGUCAGCAGGAGAGCAGUAUGCCACCCGCGUCGCACGUAGAUCGUGGUGAUGAUGCGGAGAGGGACAAUAUGCCGUUCAUCAGGAUGACGCCGGUGUACCGUAGUGAAACCGUGGAGCAUAACGAGCCAGAGCAGCGUAGAGCACAUCCUCCGAUUACUUUCAAGGAUGGACGCGAAGCCAUGGUUAACUCGCGCAUGAUGCGUUCCGAACCGCGAGAGCAGACACAUCAACGUUCUGCAGAUUGUAAUAAUCUGGAAAACCGCACAAUGGCACAGCGCGUGGCGGAGAGUGUGCCCAGUCACAGUGGACCAGCGCAAUCGACACAUAAUCAUCAGCAGCGUAUGAUGCAGCAGAAUCCACAGCGUAUGCAGCAGCUUAAUCAGCAGCAAACGGACAUUGCGCGUAGACGUCAGGGAGAAGCUGUCCUGAAGAACGUGAAGUACCGUAUUCAACCGGGUGUACCUGGGAACUUGCCGAUUCAUCCAUAUAUGAGUAUGGAAAAGCGCUUGCGUAAAGAUCAGUAUGGUGCCGUAAUGGCUGAUCUGAAUCGUAUGGCGGAGGGGCUGAAUGCAUUGGCGCAAAGUGAACAGAGUCCAGAAGAGGCGGAAACUCGUAGAGCGGAACGAUGGCACGUGCUAGAGCUGAAGACGUUUUUGGAGUUGUUACGAAGUAAUGAAGCGGAAAACAAGAAGCGUUUUGUAUCGUAUCCAGAGCCUAUUAAAACAUCGCUCAGUCCACAGUAUGUGGAAACGUGGUUUUAUGACCGUUUCGCGGCAACUUCGUGGAUCACGUAUGAAUCCCAGAAGGACGGUACGACUCGUUGGGAGAAUCGUUAUGGACAAGUGUUCAAGCUUAUCCAGGGACGAUUCCGACGUAGUGAGGAGCCGCCCUUAUACUUUAAUCCGAACCGAUUCUUUCCGGAUGACAUUUCGUUUUGGUCGGGCGAUUGUAUGUGGGAUGGUACAUAUGAUGAAACGAGCCGUGAUUAUGUUUUACGUAUGUAUCGUGAGUUGGACCGUAUGCGACAACAGUGGUAUGCAGAUCGCCGUAGACAGUAUGCUUCGAUUGACAUGUGGAGCUGCGGACAUCAUAUUGCAAUGGAACGUGACAUUCGUAAAAUUGGUGAACGUAUUGAGAAGGAAUUACCUGCGGACGUACAGCGUAGUCAGAGCGAAGAGCGUAUUCGUAGUGGAGAUCUCGAUGAGCUGGCAAGAUUACGAGCGGAAACAGAGAAGUACCAGCAGGAGAUCAAACGUAUGCAAGAAAAGCAAAAGAAGGAAGAAGCAGAGAAACGGCAGCUGGAGGAUGAUCUGAAGGUGAUGAUGGAUCAGCGUAAGAAAGAGAAGGAGGAAUGGCGCGAAGCGCGACGUAAUGGACAGAAUGGAAAGGACGAGGAUUCCGAAGCGGAUACGUGA